UUAUCGAUAUUGGUGUGAAACAGGUUAACAUUGCCUAUCGCUGUUAGCACGACGCAUUGUUUUCCUAAGAAGUAUUGUUUUCUUUCCAGAAACUCUGCUUUACAAGCCCACAUAAAAUGAAAACCAAAGCUGAGAAGCAAUCGCCUUUGAAAACGGCACCGCGUAAAAUAAAGGGUGAGAAUUUCCCAGCCAGGAGGAUACCCGCGAAUGUUUUGAAACGCACGCUUGAGAUCGCCACCAGUCCCGAAGAUGGCUUUUGGGUGAACCAAAACCCAUCCUGUGCUCCUCCGGCCAGUAACGAGUUUUACUUCAACGUUCGACGAUCCACUGCGUACGAGAAACUACGACUGGCCCGGAAUUGCCUUAUGCAGCGGGACUACAAGAACUUGGCCAAAAUACUGGCAUCCAAUCAUAUGGGAGAAACUCUGCUCCAAAGGGCCUCCUUUCAAAUAUUCAUGGAAUACUCCAAGGUUCUUCAAAAGUGCCCAAAGUUCUACAAGAAAAUGGAGCAGUUGCGAGUGGAGGAGCCGACCCCUUCGAAAAGACCCACAGAUGAGGACAAAGAAUUAGACGAAUCAUUAAAUGAUAUUCUAUCCUAGUUACUUUUUUAAAAAGCUAAAACCAUUAUUUUAAAAGGAAAUAAGAAAAUAGAAUAUUAAUCUAUGAAUUCUUAACUAAAUUAAGGAACAAUAUUAAGAACAAUUACUAAGAACAAAUGUUUUCCCAUUAAAACUGCGGCCAUCCCAA